AAUAAUUCUCCCUUUCCUUUUCCCAGUUCCGUUGAAACCCUAGUGUACCAUAUCACCCCUCUUGUAUUCCCUACGACGUCGGCUACGCCUUAUUGGUGAGUUGGUUGGGGAAAAUGGCGAAAAAGAAAGAGAGGUCGGUGAACGUUUCCGGGAAGCCGAAGCACUCGUUGGAUGUUAACAGAGAUGGGGGCAAAACUAAAUCCAGUAAUGGACGGAGCGCCGCCACGGUGCGGCGGCUCAAGAUGUACAACACGCGCCCAACGCGCGACUCUAAGGGAAAAAUUCUGAAGCACGAUUUGCAGUCGAAGGAACUGCCAUCAACUCGUAUUAUGCCUGACCGACGUUGGUUUGGCAACACACGUGUUGUGAAUCAGAAAGAGCUCGAAUUUUUCCGUGAGGAGCUUCAGAAUCGUCUUUCUAGCAACUACAAUGUUCUUUUGAAGGAAAGAAAGAUACCUAUGUCCCUCUUAAAUGAUAAUCAAAAGCAAGCAAGAGUUCAUCUUCUCGACACAGAGCCUUUCUCCGAUGCUUUUGGGCCUAAGACAAAGAGAAAGAGACCAAAGCUGAUUGCAUCUGAUUAUGAGUCACUACUCAAGAGAGUUGAUGAUUCUCAAGAUGCCUUUGAAGAGAAACAUGGUGCUAGUACAUCUGCAGAAGGAGGUGAAGAUGGGUUUAGAGAUCUUGUACGGCACACAAUGUUUGAGAAAGGUCAAAGUAAGCGUAUAUGGGGAGAGCUCUACAAAGUGGUUGACUCUUCGGAUGUUGUUGUCCAGGUUUUAGAUGCCAGGGAUCCACAGGGUACAAGAUGUUACCAUUUGGAGAGGCAUUUGAAGGAGCAUUGCAAGCACAAGCACAUGAUUCUGCUAUUAAAUAAGUGUGAUUUGGUUCCAGCUUGGGCAACAAAAGGAUGGCUUAGAAUUCUCUCCAAGGAAUAUCCUACCCUUGCUUUUCAUGCAAGCAUAAACAAAUCAUUUGGAAAGGGUUCCCUCCUCUCAGUAUUGAGACAAUUUUCCCGUCUGAAAAGCGAUAAACAAGCUAUAUCUGUUGGAUUUGUGGGAUAUCCCAAUGUUGGGAAAUCAUCAGUCAUCAAUACUCUGCGUACAAAGAAUGUUUGCAAGGUUGCGCCUAUCCCUGGGGAGACUAAAGUGUGGCAAUACAUUACACUGACAAAGAGGAUCUUUCUGAUUGAUUGCCCGGGAGUUGUUUAUCAGAAUGGAGACACUGAAACUGAUAUUGUCUUGAAGGGUGUGGUACGUGUGACCAAUUUGCAGGAUGCCUCAGAGCAUAUCGGUGAAGUUCUGAAACGCGUGAAAAAGGAGCACCUGCAGAGAGCUUAUAGGAUAAGUGACUGGGAGGACGAUAAUGAUUUCCUUGGUCAGCUGUGCAAGUCAACUGGUAAACUUCUGAAGGGAGGUGAACCUGACCUUAUGACUGCUGCAAAGGUGAUUCUCCAUGAUUGGCAGAGGGGUAAAAUACCAUUUUUUGUUCCACCUCCAAAGCAAGAGGCUGAUGUAGAUGAACCCGAGGAGGAGAAAGACAAGGGUGUGGAUGAUGAUAAGGAUUCUGCAGCCAGAAAAGCCAUCAAAGAUGUUAUUUCAUCCCAGCAGAUAGAUGAUGUUCCUAUUCAGGAGGAUCUUUUCAGUGAGCAGGAGUUGAGGGGUGAGACCUUAGAACUUCCACCCACUGCCUCGUAGAUUUAUUUUUCUCAGAUUCUUGUAAUAGAAACCUGAGCUUUAAUGUUUUUGGUAGUGCAACUCACUCCCCCCACUUAGAAUUCCUCUUUUCUUUUCUUACAUGUAUGACUUUUGUAGUUGCCGCUGAAUUUUGUUUAUCCAUAUCGAUGGAGGAACUCCUUUCACAACCAUCUGUGGUUAACAUUAAAUAAACUAUACAUUAAUCAAAAUUUGAAGUGUGGUAUUUCCUUGGUA